UAGCAGCACUUCACAACAUUUACGUGGAACCUUUCCCUGAUAUUCAUGCUCACAUCUAUAUACUUCAAUUUUCUGCCUCCAUUGAGCUCCAAAAUAGUAGCAGAGAAAAUCGUCAACAAUGUAUCGAUCGGCGGCGAAGCGGUUACUGCCGGCAGUUUACCGCCGGCUUAACAGUCGGCCGGAACUUGCAAUAUCGCCUAUUCGAACCCUAACAGCAAACAAUUCCACUCGAUUUAUGACUUCAGCUGCCACCGGAAACAUAACGGACCAGAACCCUACUCUGGCUAACCCUAUUCCAGCUGACUCUAUUCCGGCUGACUAUACGGCGUCGUCAUCGUUCAAGGAAGAAGAAAGGACACAUCAUCAUGAACAAUCGAGCUCGAGAACAAAGCGACCUAAAGCUCAUUACAAAGACGAAGAAGCGCGUGUGCUCAGUGCCUCUCUACCUCACGUGCUUCGGCUAGGAUGGACUGAAACAGCCAUGAUUUCAGGUGCAAGGGAUGUUGGGGUGUCGCCUUCCAUCGUUGGAUCAUUUCCUCGGAAAGAAGCUGCACUAGUGGAGUAUUUUAUGGAUGAGUGUCUCGAAAGACUCAUCGAUAUCAUUGAAUCAGCGGAGGAUCUGAAAAACUUGAUACCUAGUGAGCGGGUGGCAAAGCUUGUUAGAAUUCGCUUGGAAACACAGGCUCCGUACAUAUCAAAAUGGGCCCAAGCUCUCAGUAUACAGGCUCAACCCUUGAAUGUUCCUACAAGCUUCAAGCAGCGUGCAAUGCUGGUUGAUGAGAUCUGGCAUGCUGUUGGUGAUGAUGCCAGUGAAAUUGAUUGGUAUGUGAAGCGCACUGUCCUAGGUGGAAUAUACUCCACAACAGAACUAUACAUGCUGACAGAUAACUCUCCAGAUUUUCAUGAUACAUGGGCAUUCUUGGAUGCACGAGUCAAAGAUGCAUUUGAUCUGAAAAAGACUGCUCAAGAGGCACAGCGUUUGGCUGAAGCAGUUGGUGCAGGAAUGGGAGGCUCUUUGCAAGGUUUUAUGCAGAGGGUCUUCACGCGUUGAAUACAGUUUGCACAGUGGCUAAUACGAUUUAAUGGGCGUGGUGGUUCACAAAAUAAAAAUUAUAAUUUGUGUCUAUCAGCAGAGCUGCUAAUCUGAAUUAGCGGAAUACCAUGCACUCGACUUGACAUUUUGGCCACAGCAUUUGCUUAUACACGUUGAUACUGCUUAUUUCUGGCAAAAUGAGAAUAAUGUUACAAGUAGAAAGCUGUUCCAUUUGUUUAUUUGCUGUCUGAGCGGCAUGCAUAGAUGAAAACAUUUAGUCUUUUCAUCAGUAACUUUAAACAUAAGGUUUGACUUGCUUCACUUGGUUUCGGUUUAGCUUGUAAUUGUGUUAGGUAAUGGACGAUAGAGAAAGAUCAAUUUUAGAAGACUAAUGACAAAUGUGUAUUUGCAGUUUUACUUGGAUGAAAUGUCUAAUGCUGCUGGGGAUGUAUGAUGA